AUGGGUUUAAGCGAAACUGAUGUUGCCAAACAAAUUCAACACAUGAUUGCAUUUAUUCAACAAGAAGCAGCUGAAAAAGUUGAAGAAAUAGAAGCAAAAGCUGAAGAAGAAUUUAAUAUUGAAAAAAGUCGUUUAGUUUCUCAACAACGUAUUAAAAUAAUUGAAUAUUAUGAUAAAAAAGAAAAACAAAUUGAAUUACAACGAAAAAUUCAACAUUCAAAUUUAGCUAAUGCAAGUCGUCUUUCAAUUCUUAAAGCACAUGAUGAUUAUAUUCAAGCUUUAAAAGAAGAAGCAAGAAAACAAUUAACUAUUUUAACACAAGAUCGAACAAAAUAUUCAACUGUUCUUUCCAAUCUGAUAACACAAGGUCUUUUUUUACUUAUGAAAAAUGAUGUUACUAUUAGAUAUAUUAAAAUAAUUAUUGAUGAGAAAAAUUUCAUACCUGAUGAUUCAGCUGGUAGUGUUGAACUUUAUGCAAUGAGUGGAAAAAUAAAAGUAUCAAAUACAAUUGAACCUCGACUUUCAAUGAUAUUUAAUCAAAUUCUUCCUGAAAUUCGAGAAAAAUUAUUUGAUGUUAAUCAAAAUAGAAAAUAUCAUGAUUAA